AUGCGAACGCUUUGUGAUGCUUGUGAGAGCGCAGCCGCCAUCGUUUUCUGUGCUGCUGAUGAGGCUGCACUCUGUCGUGCUUGUGAUGAAAAGGUUCAUAUGUGCAAUAAGCUAGCUAGUAGACAUGUUAGGGUUGGUCUUGCAAGUCCAAGUGAUGUGCCGCGCUGCGACAUAUGUGAGAAUGCACCUGCUUUCUUCUAUUGCGAAACAGAUGGAAGUUCCCUUUGUUUGCAAUGCGAUAUGAUAGUUCAUGUUGGUGGUAAAAGAACACAUGGAAGAUAUCUUCUAUUUAGGCAAAGAGUUGAGUUUCCAGGUGAUAAACCUAGUAAUGCUGAGAAUCCAUCUUCUCAACCUUUGGAUCCGGGUGAUAUUAAAAGAGGACAAAGUCCACUUCCUAAAAAAAAAAUGGGAGAGAAGCAACAGAAUCAUAGGGUGCCUCCAGUUCCAAUUUUAGAACCUAAUGCUGAUGGAAAUAACAAGAUGGAUAAUAAGUUGAUUGAUUUGAACAUGAAGCCUAAUAGAAUACAUGAUCAUGCAUCAAAUCACCAGCCAUAG